AUGGGGGUCUCGGCUCUACUGAACACCCCUGAUCAUCUAUCAAAGAUCGUCCCUCACCUGAUUGCCUUCUGCAAGGAUGCGAAUCCACAGUGCGAAUGUAGGAAACAAACACUGUUGAACUUGAGUCAGCUGAAAAGGCGUAUUGAUGGACUCAAACGAUUCCUAGAAAUGACUGUAAUGGCUCCCAAAGCCAUCGCUAGCGAUACUAAACUGAUGAAGGCCUUCAUUGGUCGACUGAAUGACAUCAACAGCAAAGUUUCCUUAGAGAGGCUCGAUACCUAUUUAGCCUCUCUUGGUAUUCUUAGCAAGAUGUACUCGGCUGAGUCCCAUCUCAAAGCUGUAUUGAAUCAACUGGUACUUGGUCUGAUGUCCCAGUUAUCCAGUAAAAUUGAAGAGCAUCGCACUACAGCUUUUACUCUAUUUUUACGAUUUAGUGCCCUUACUAUUAGUGCAACCCUAACGUAA